AUGGACUACGGGUCGUCUCACGUGUUUGUCUACGCCGACUCGGACGAUGAGGUGAUCUCUGAUGUCGAGUACAACGAGGGAAUGUGGCUGAGCGAUUCUGACGAAGACGCUUCAGCUGCCAUCAAACCCAACAAGAGCCCAGCAGCGACAGGGGGAGGGGCCACCUCGGAGCUCCUGCUGUCUGCCAGCAAGUACCAGCACCUGCCCAAAGAUGACGAUAGCAGUGACGAGGGAGACACGACAAUGAAGGCAGUUGAGGGAGGAGCAGAGGGGAAAUCGACCAAAGACAGAAAGUCUCCAAAUUACGUCCAGCUUGAUUUCGAGGAAGCUGGUGGUGCUGCAACUGGGGAACAGAAACCUAGUGGGGGCAGAGGCAGAGGGAACUAUGUCAAGAUUGAUCACAGCAAGCAGGCUCCGCGUGCUCCCCCUCCCCCUCCCCCUCCCCCUCCCGCACCCCCCUUCGUUACCCCUCAGAUUGCAGUCCAGCAGCCUACAAUGCAAUCCAGACCUCCACCCAUACCGAAGAAAGGUAUCAUCAAGAACAGGAUUGCCCCAGAGCAGAACAAGAUGCGGAGACAGAGGGUCAAAUGGCAGACACAUACAGCCUUACCACCCCGUCCCCCGGUGGGCGGGGCUCGUCGGCGGAAGGCCAGACGUGCCGACACCAACAUCCUGGCCGUCAAGUUCAACACCCUGACAGGGCCGAGUGCCGUGCACACGGGAGAUGCCGUGGUGUGCAGUAACCCCUCCUGCACGGCCAUCCUCUCUCACCUCUCCAGCCUCUCCCAGCCAGCCUCUGCCAGUCCGGAGGAGGAGGACAGCAGCAGGGAUUGGGUAUGUGAGUUCUGUGGCAGUUCAACUGAGGUGGACAUUAUGGAGGAAGAGAAGCCGUCCAAGUCGGACACCACGUUUCUCAUCACGCCGGCAGCCGUCGAAGGGGGCGGGGCAGUGGGAGGGGCUUUGGGAGUGGACGAUGCCAUGGUCAUAUUCUGUAUUGACAUCUCUGGCAGCAUGUGUGUCACCACUGAGGUCCCGGGGAAGUUUGAGCUGAAGGGUCAAGACCGUGUGCAGAGCCUCAGCUCUCUGAAUGUGGACAGACAGACCCAGUUCCUGCCCGGCCAGAGGAGGGACGCCACCUACGUCUCCAGACUACAGUCGGUGCAAGCAGCAGUGGAUCACCAGAUACACUCUCUCACAUCCUCACACCCUCACCAGAGAGUGGCCCUCAUCACUUUCGGUGACGAGGUGACAGUUCUGGGGGAUGGAAGAGGAGAAGUGGUGACUGUGGCCGGAGACAAGCUGUUUGACUCGGAGAAUCUGGUCAAGAGUGGUUCCGAUGCCCCUCUCCCUCUCCCAGUCAAAGACACACACUCCUCCCUCAGCAGCAAAGUCUUUGCGCUUGAGGAGGGAGGACAGACAGCUCUGGGACCAGCUCUUCUACUGGCUGUCACCAUGGCCUCCAGAGUCCCAGGGUCAAAGGUCAUCAUAUGCACCGACGGACUGGCCAACAAAGGAGUAGGAACUCUGGAUGAUCUGGCCACAAAUGAGCAGCAGGCUGAAGCCCAGACCUUCUAUGAAGACCUCGGCACACUGGCCAAGGAGAAGAAUGUGACGGUGUCUCUGGUGUCCAUCAAGGGGACAGACUGUAGGAUCGUGGAGCUGGGUCAAGUGGCUGACAAGACUGGAGGACACGUGACGAUAGUGGAUCCUCUCAACAUCACGACAGAGUUCAGCACCAUACUGGCCAAUCCAGUCAUAGCCACUGACGUCACUACCAAGAUCAUCCUCCACAGGGAUCUGUAUUUCCGGUCGGAGGAGAGGAAGGAGAGUGUCCUGGUUAUCCCAGUUGGUAGUGUGACAGCUCAGACUGAGCUCACCUAUGAGUAUGGCGUCAGGAGGAACGGGAAUAAACCACCCGAGAAGACAGAGGAGAAAGGUGAGGAUGCGUCGAGUGGUGGAGCCAGUGGAGGAGGAGAGGGGGAGAGAGUGGGCGUGGCUCCUCUGAUGGUGGAAGGGAGACCACACCUCCCGUUCCAGCUCCAGAUAGAGUACACUGCUCAGGACGGAUCUCGCUGCAUGCGUGUCAUCACCCAGGCCAAGCCAAUCACCACCAACAGAGAGGUUGCGGAGAAAGAUAUAGACAUGUCUGUGGUGGGUGCCCAUGUGGCCCACACCACUGCUACCCUGGCAAUGGGUGGAGAGUACUCACAGGCCAGACUCAGUGCCCUCUCCUCCCAGAGGAUGCUCCAGAGGACCAGUCACAUAUCUCCUAUGAACCGACACACGUACAAUAACCUGAUGGAGGACCUGAUCCCUCUAGAGAACAGACUUCGUGACCACCAGCAAAGUGAGGAAGUGAGGUAUGGACGGAACUACAGUGACGAUGAGGAAGAGGGAGAUGUCAGCUAUGCCAGACCAUCACCACUCAUGGCUACUCAGCUGGCUCAGAGGAGCACCAAGAGCGAGCCAAGCAGGAAGUUUUCAGGCCUGUUCAAGAAGAAGAAGAAGGCCAUAUCGCGGAGAAAGGAGGUGACGGAUGAUCUUGCUACAUACUGUUACCAAAUGAGGUCCAGCAAGUCAUCUGACUACUCUCACUAUGAUGAGCCGCCAAAUGACAAUUCUUCAGAUGAAGAGUCGUAAUCAGCAGCAGAUUUUGGUGAACAUGUAAAGACAGUACUAUUUUUUACCUGGACCAUCGUAGAUUGUGGUUUUUUUGUAAUGUAAGUUUACAUAUGUUAUAAUUGUUUUCUGAACUGGUUCUAAGUUACUAGUAUGUGUUUUUUGGGA